UGCUAAAUUCAGUUUGUUCAAAUGAGCUCAUAAAGAAGGUCUUACAUAUUAGACCAGUUGCCAAUAACAGGCAAAAAGCGACAGGAAACAUAUCAAGGAGUGUUAAACUGAUGCAAUGAAAUCCUCACGUGAAUCUAGGAAUCGGCAUCUCUCUGUCAAGGCACUGGAGAACAUUUUGGACAGUUGCAAAGUGGAGUUGACCCAAAUAGACGAAGUGUGGCCUAACCUUUAUAUUGGAAAUGUAGCAAUAGCCCAGGACAGGAGUGCAUUACAGAGAAUGGGUAUCACACAUGUAUUAAAUGCUACACAUUCCAAACAGGGAAGCUUGGGCAACCAAAGCUUCUAUGGCAAGAAGAUACAGUAUUAUGGCAUAGCUGCAGAGGAUUCCCCUGAAUUUGAUCUGAGUAUCUACUUCAAGGCUGCAGCUCAGUUUAUACACAAAGGACUGAAAAAAAAAGAUGGAAAGGUCUUAGUGCACUGCAUUCUGGGAAUGAGCAGAUCUGCCUCCUUGGUAUUGGCCUACCUCAUGCUAUAUCAUCAUCUCUCACUCGAGGACGUCAUCCGCAAAGUCAUUCAAACCAGAGCAAUUUAUCCAAACAGGAGUUUUCUAAAGCAGUUACUAGAUCUGGAUAUCCAGUUACAAAGCAAACUAAGAAUGUGUCGGCUUCUUUAGUGACAACAAGUGGAAAAGAAAGAAAAAAGAAAGAAGGAAAAGAAGUUCCUUUUAAUAAAUAUCUGUUAUUCCACUAGGUCUCAGUGUUAUUGAAUUUUUUCCCUGUCAUAUAAAUCAUUUCCUGCAUGAUGUGCAUACCAUACUAACAACCUGUUUUAGUCAUUAUAAAGGGUGGGACGGUAUUAUUUACAGCGUGAGUUCAUAUUUACUUAUGGCUUUGCUGUACACUAAUGUGCACUGAGUCACAAUUAACUCACUACUGGACCAUUUCUGGAAAAAAGUAAAAUAUUCAUGCAACUAAAAUCAGAUCUGCAUUUCAUGUUUAAAAUAAUAACAUACAAGUUAGAUACCAUUAUGUUAUAAUACCAGAGUAUUACCCUGAAGAAAGGUUAUGCAAUAGCAGGCCAAGACAUUAUUUAUAACGGCAAAGUAUAGAACUAAAGAUCAUCGGGUAAAAGAUAUCCAUCCAGCAGUACACUAUGUAACCCAUAUGUAACUUGCAAGACUGGACACCAUACUAGUGGGUUCAAGUAUGUGUUGCACUGGUGCUGGGUGACAGCAACUUUCCAUUUUUAGACAAGAAGAAAAUUAUUUUUCUGUUCACAUUGUAUUAGCCAGUUAUAACAUUUUAACUGAAUGGUACAGGGUACAUUACAACAUACAAUCAAAUGUCUGAUAGGUUUUUAAACCAUUGUCUAUAUUAAUAUUUAUACUGAUCUUUUAACAUAUGGAACUUAUACAUACAGUAUAUAAUAGCUCAGUUUUAUGAAUUGUUUUUGGGUGAAUGCAACUUGCAAUUUCUGCUUGCGUUUGCAGAAGUAUACAAAAAAAUUUAUAAUUAACAUGUAAAAAUUCUUAUUGUCUUUUUGCUUCUGAUAAAAUAAAUGAUGCUCUUCAUUCUACAAA